AUGGAUGCAUUGAAUGUAAAGAAUUCUACGAUUACGUUGAGUAGAACGAAUUCAGUGGAUAAAUUGAGUACAGUAGACAUGUGCAGUACAACAACUACUGAGGAUUACGGUGAACCAGUUUACGUGGAAGCUCACGGUGGAAAGAAUCAUGUCAUUAUGUAUCGAUCGAGAAGUAAUCCUGAAUUAGCUAUAGAAUUCUUUUUCCGUUCAUCAUCUAAAGAUGGUCGCUCACGUUACUAUCGUUGUACGAAAUGUUGGUACAAAUAUAAACUUAACCGUGGAACAUGUGCAACAUUGAUUGUUCGUGAUGGCCGAAUUAUAACAGAUCCAGAAAAUCCAGUAGUUCCUCAUCAAUGCGAGUUUCGGUCUUUAGAAAGUGUAAAAGCUAACCGGGCAUGGAUAGCUAGUAGAAAACGAAGCAUUAAAAAUACUACUCUGGAAGAUUUAUAUGCAACAGAUACCUCAGCAGUCAUCAAGAAUACGUUUAGUCUUCGUGAAAUCUUAGAGUUUUGGGCAGAAGAAUUGAGCACUGAAAUAAUUAGUAAACAAAGUAUGGAUGGGAAGGUCGAGAGUGGAGGUGAAACUGGUGGUACCAGUACUCCUUCUUCAACAUCAUCGAAAAAUGGUCGAAAUAUUGAUGAUAAUCACGUAUGGACAAGGGUGCAAGACGCUAUCGCACCAUCUGACAAUAUUGAUUUGAUCUGUGAAGAGUCUAUGGGGCUGUCUUCACCAUCUACUUCUCCACCGUGUUAUAGAUUUCCAAGUGUAGAUGAUAGCAUAGCUGGGUCGUCUGCACAGCAGCUUUGUAUAGGAACAAGUAAUGAUGUGCGAGAACUUAUUGGAAAGGGUAGUUUUUUGGACGCCGCAUUUACAGCAUCUAUGUUGAAGAAUAAUAGGGAUGCUUUGGGCAAAUUGCACCAAGCAAUUGAUAAAAACGAAAUUUUUGAUAUUGGUUUGUGCACUGCUUCAUGCUAUGCUGACGAUGUUUCAUUGGUUGAUAAUGUUUUUGCUUACAAAUUCCAUAAUGCAAAUAAUGUCCAGGAUAAAAUAAGCGUUUGUGAAGAGUGGUUAAGCUUCUUGGCUAAAAUCAUUCCGACUGCUACUUCUAGAUGGCUUUCGCAUUUUCAGUUCAGUGUCUAUUAUACAUUUCACAUGCUGUCACUUAUUUUUCGUUAUUAUGAUAACAAAGACGAAAAGAAACGCUUCUACAAAAUUUCGCUUCCCCUUUUCAGGAGUUUAUUACAAGCAACAGACCUGAUACCAGAAACUUCCGAAGAAAUAGUAGGUACAAAACUGGAUGUUCUUUUAAGUGUGUCAUUUAUUGCCUUGCACUUUUAUGAUGUCAGUGACCAAGAAGUUGUGAAAUAUAUUGAGAAAGAAAUGCGUUCUGUAGGAGAUGCGGUAGCCGGAAAUUAUUCAUCGGAAGCAGCAACGUUGAUGGUUCAGAAAGUUUUCCGAAUAAGUAAUAAUUUGGAAGAGCGAAAGCGUUUACUCAACGAUCGGGUAGAAUAUCCAUCAUAG